CAGUGGAAGCCGCGCUCGCGCUCCCUGCUCGGAGAGCGACAUGACAACCGCGAUCAACUGACGCUACACAUCCACGGCCGCCCAGAGCAUCCCACCGACGUACAUUACAGGUCGGCGCUCCGCUGAUAGUGAACUGAAGCGCUGGAGAUGCUGAAAGUGACCGCCUCGAGAGCCGCUCCUGAAUACUGGAUCGACGGAUCCAAGAAAGAGACGUUGGCGGACUUCUAUGAGCUGGAGUCUGAAUUGGGACGGGGAGCCACAUCAGUGGUGUUCCGAUGCCGUCAGAAAGGCACCCAGAAGCACUAUGCUGCGAAAAUGCUGAAAAAAACAGUUGACAAGAAGAUUGUACGAACGGAGAUAGGUGUAUUGCUGCGCCUCUCUCAUCCAAAUAUAAUCAAACUGAAGGAAAUCUUUGAGACCCCUGCGGAGAUUAGUCUUGUGCUAGAACUUGUUACCGGUGGAGAAUUAUUUGACAGGGUGGUGGAAAAGGGCUACUACAGCGAACGAGAUGCCGCUGAUGCAGUUAAACAAGUGCUGGAGGCAGUCGCGUACCUGCAUGAGAAUGGUAUAGUGCACAGAGACCUGAAACCUGAGAACCUGCUGUACGCCACCUCAGCGCCAGAUGCGCCGCUCAAAAUAGCUGAUUUUGGCUUGUCGAAAAUUGUAGACGAUCAGGUAACAAUGAAGACUGUGUGUGGGACUCCAGGCUAUUGUGCUCCUGAGAUUUUGCGGGGAUGUGCCUAUGGCCCUGAGGUUGACAUGUGGUCUGUGGGAGUUAUCACCUACAUUUUGUUAUGUGGUUUUGAGCCCUUUUUUGAUGACAGAGGAGACCAGUAUAUGUUUAAACGCAUCCUGAACUGUGAAUAUGAAUUUGUCUCCCCCUGGUGGGACAAUGUGUCUCUCAAUGCCAAGGACCUUGUGAAAAAGCUGAUUGUCCAGGAUCCAAAGAAACGGCUGACGACACAGCAGGCGCUGCAGCACCCCUGGGUGACUGGAAAGGCUGUUAACUUCACCCAUAUGGACACGGCUCAGAAGAAACUCCUGGAGUUCAAUGCUCGUAGAAAACUCAAGGCAGCGGUCAAAGCGGUGGUAGCUUCAUCUCGAUUGGGCAGCGCAGGAAGCCACAGCAGCCCCUCCUCUAUCAAAGAGAAGACCGCAGAGGAUGAGCCAGGCACUGCACAGCCUCAGAUUCAGAAUGAAGGCUCUUAGAUCUCCUCAGAGCCUCACUGGAACUCAGACUUCUUCCCUUCAUGAAAGGAACCUUGCUUCUCGCGGUGGGGCUCAUAAAGGACAGAAACGAUGGGCUUUGUUUGCAUGCGGACUUGUUUGUCUAUAGAAACAUCCCACAUUGUGACUCAGCCAGUUGCCAUCCCAUGCCAACAUCUGAUAAGUCCAUAACUUCUGAUUUUGUACAGUGAAUGAACAUCAGUGGAUGGUAAUGAGAAGAACCAAAUAUCUUCAGAUGAUAAUUUCAUCUUUGGUACUUAAUAUUUAUAUUAUCAUGCUUUUUUUUUUGCCAAUAAUUGCCAAAUUAUCAUAGGACAUAUGUUGCUUUUUAGCUUUGUGCUGCUUUUUAUUGAAAUUAUUUUAUUUGUUCAUUUUUUAUUAUUUUUAUUUUUACAUAACUGGUAGAGAAAAGAUGUGGACAUUGACCUGAACCUUUUCAUAAGCUACAAAUUGAAAAUGCCUUAUCAUAUACCGUGUUUUAAUACUUCAUGAGUCAAAAUUAACAUUUUAGAUGUUAAUUAACAAAUUGUUUUAAACUUAGACAACAAGUAUAAUGUGCUUUGUUUAAAUACAAAUAUGGUGAUUUCUUCUUUCAUCGAAACCUGUGUUGAGAACAGGAUGUUAUGCCUAUCUAACACAAAAAUGACAAUGAAAAGCACUCCCUCGUCCCAAACUGUUCUUCACUUGGAGUAUAGACUUGUGACCAUCACAUAGAAAGUCGAGAUAAUUUAGGAAUCUCCCUUUAAAAUAAUUCAAAUCAGUUUUUUUAUCUAAAUUACUUACUUGUAAUCUAAUUCAUCUCAAAAUUCAGUGCUUUUACAAGGAGUUUUAAACGUACAUAGAAGAACAUGGAGGAGUUUUUUUUACCUAUUUAAUAUUCUUUAAAGCAUGCUUGUAGUGUAUGGUAUGAGGGAAUGCUGUUUGAUAAUCUGAUAAUCACAUGUAAGGAAUGUAAUGUGGAUAUACAGGGGUUCAUGUUUUGCAUGUAGGAAUGUUUAUCUUAACUGCUGCAAUUGUCUUUUUAAAUGCACUGUAUUUUACAGAUAAAACUCGCUGACUAAUUAACAGUAUGAGAUUGGAGAUUGGCCAUUUGACGGUCACUUUGUACAUGACACUAAUGUGUCAACUUUUGUUUAUCUGCCUGUUUAUAUGUCUAAGGACUGAACAAUGUCAGUAAAAUAGCACUGAAUAUGGAUUGCAGAAAUAAAGAAUGCAAAAAAUGAAAUC